CGGCCCAGAUGGAUAGAUAACCAGCGCAGAUGGUCGCACAACAGCCAACGAGAACCAUCAGACGUUCGCAUUUCGUGCUCUACCUCGUGAUCACCGUCACGCUGGCUAUCAUCCUGUCGAGAGCCACGCCACGGCUGUCCGCCCUGCUCGACCAUCUCGGGGCCCGAACGUCGUCAUCAGUGGGUAUUCCAGGGUCACUGAGGGGCAUCUUACCCCUCCACUCUGCCCUGACUGUCAGCCAGCCAAACCAAGCCCAUAGUAACCACAUCUCACACUGUGACAAGAUGGCCGCAUAUGCCAAGGAGCUCGAGGUGGCCCAGCUGGCCGUCCAGCGCGCCACCAUCCUGACCAAGAGGGUCUUCCACGAGCGCGCAAAGGGCACUGUCUCAAAGGACGACAAGUCCCCCGUCACCAUUGGUGACUUUGGCGCCCAGGCCCUCAUCAUCAGCGCCCUCAAGGCCAACUUCCCCGAGGAUGAGAUCGUGGCCGAGGAGGAGGCAGAGAUGAUGCGCUCCGACGCAAACCUCAAGCAGAUUGUCUGGGACCUGGUCAGCAGCACCAAGCUGGACGACCCCGCCGCCGAGGAGGCCCUCGGCGGCCCCAUCAAGGACGUCGACUCCAUGCUGGACAUCAUCGACAAGGGCAACAGCAAGGGCGGCAACAAGGGCCGCGUCUGGGCCAUCGACCCCAUCGACGGCACCAAGGGCUUCCUGCGCGGCGGCCAGUACGCCGUGUGCCUGGGCCUCAUGGUCGACGGCGACGUCAAGGUCGGCGUCCUGGGCUGCCCCAACCUGCCCCUCGACGACGCCGCGCCCCUGACCGCCGACAUCGGCACCAACGCCACCGACGAGGGCCGCGGCGUCCUCUUCUCCGGCGUCCUGGGCCAGGGCGCCGCGAGCAGGCCGCUCGGCACCGGCGCCCUCGGCGAGCCCAAGCCCAUCUCCAUGAGGCCCCUGGCCAACAUGUCCGACGCCACCUUUUGCGAGAGCGUCGAGGCCGGCCACAGCUCCCAGGGCGAGGCCGCCCAGAUCGCCCAGAAGCUGGGCAUCACCAACCCCAGCGUCCGCAUGGACUCCCAGGCCAAGUACGCAUCCAUCGCCCGCGGCGCCGGAGACAUCUACCUGCGUCUGCCCACGUCCAAGACGUAUGUUGAGAAGAUCUGGGACCACACCGCGGGCGAUCUCAUCGUCCGGGAGGCUGGAGGUCAGGUCACGGAUACCACGGGCAAGAGGCUCGACUUUAGCAUUGGCAGGACGCUGGCUGAGAACAAGGGUGUCGUGGCGGCACCCGCGGCCGUCCAUGGCCAGGUCCUGAAGGCUGUUCAAGAGGUUCUGGGAAUCAACUAGAUGGUAGCGUUAGAAAAGGUCAUGAAGACCCAAAUAAAAUAAAAGUUGAUCAG